UGACUUUAUUGACUGACAGUGCACGUCAGGGCGAAUAAUUGUACUGUAUACAAACUAAGAUGGAGGCGAUAGCAGACGACCUUUGUAAGGUAUACAAUAAAGAAUGGCGGGAAGCUCGUCUAUCAUUGAAAAUCCACAAACACGAUGAAGAGAUUAUAUAUCUGCUUAUGCAGCUUGUCAGGGGAAUAUACGAGUUCUGUCAGAAUGAAACAAAAGAAUCACACCACAAGAAAAAAACAGAGCAUCUGACUGAGAUUUAUCUUCAUCAAAAACUUCCGCCAUCAUUUAACAAGGACCACGUGACAAAUCCAAUUCGGUCAUUCGUACACAGCUGUAUACGAUGCUUAUAUCACAUGUGCUCAUUAAAACAUUCCCCUCUCUAUAUAUACUGGAUUCCUAAAGGAGAAAUGAUUGAUAAAAACAAAUUUGAAAUAGAAGGUGACAAAGACAAACAUGUAUGUGAUUGGACUGUAUGGCCAGCUGUGAUGAAAGAAGACGGAACCGUGCUGAAGAAAGGAGUUGUCAUUCCUGUUUGAGUCUUUGUUUGUGGAAUAAUUAGGAUAUUAUAUAAUAUAGGGGGCUCUCCUUAUCAAAUUUUGAAAUCUGUUUGCAAAAAACGGGAAUAACAAUUUAGUAAGGUAUGAAUAUUGAACAUAUCCGCGUAUGCUUUAGUCAUUUAGUCAUGAGUAUUAUAAUUUAACUAAUUGUGUGUUUAAGAGUUUUCUAGUACAUUCAGAUCCUAAUAUAGAUAUGUUUACUAAUGUUUAAUAUCUAUUUUUUUUAAAGUAAUUCGAUAUAAUUGUUAUAAGACCUAAAAUCUUUUUGUAUAUAGAAAAACAGUGUUGGAAUAUUUGCAACACAUAUUUAUGAAAAUUAUUGCUUAUUCAACAAUUAUCUGCAACGUGAAAUUAUUCUGUUCGUUUGUUCUAGACGUAGAAUUAUUAUAUCUACUAUCAUAGGCAACUAUAAAUGAUGUUUCUACAUAUCUACGCAAUUAUUUCAUAAUGAGUUGAUUGGCUCAAACCUGUGUAUUUCAUACUGUUUUCUGUUGCCAUUUGGUAUUUUAAUUUACAUUUUGUUACUUUAUAUAUAGACGGUAUUCUUAUAGGUUUUCUAUUGAUAAUGUUUUGUUUAGUCUAAUAUCUAUUUCACUAAAAUGAUAGAAUAUAUACUCUAUGAUUUGUACUUCUGAACUUCUCCUUUCUUGUUAUGCGAUCAUUUCCUUCAACUCUGAAAUAUAAACAGUUUACGUUGAUAAAUCAAGAAUAAUAGUAUAUAACUUUUUAACAACCCAGACAUAUUAUAUUUAAAGUAUUUAGCAUUGUGAAGGGUGUAUUAUGUCAUCUUGCAAUUAAACUAUACCAUAAGCUUUA